GCCAUUGUGUAGCCUGCCACCCUAAUCCUAGUCACUGCUGCUGCUAUAACAGCCCCACACCAAGAACAUGAACAAGUUGCUGCUUUGGGCCUCUGUCCUCACCAGCCUCCUGGAAGCCUUUGCUGAGACAGACAUGAGUGGAAAGGUGUUUAUUUUUCCUAAAGAAUCCAAUUAUGCUCAUGUGAGCUUGAUCACGCAGCUGGAGAAACCUCUGCAGAACUUCACCGUGUGCCUUCGUGCUUACACUGACCUUUCCCGCACCUAUAGCCUCUUCUCCUACAGCAUCCAGACCAAGAGCAAUGAGAUGGUCAUUUUUAAAACUAAAAUUGGAGAGUAUAACUUUAUUAUUGGGGGUGACAAUAUUUUCUUCAAGGUAUAUGAGCCUUUCCCUGCCCCAGUGCACAUCUGUGCCAGCUGGGAGUCCUCUUCAGGCAUUGCUGAGUUCUGGGUCAAUGGGAAGCCUUUGGUGAGGAAGGGGUUGAGGCAGGGUUACUCCCUGGGAGCUCACCCAAAGAUUGUCCUGGGGCAGGAGCAGGAUUCCUAUGGAGGCAAGUUUGACAAGAGCCAGUCCUUUGUGGGAGAGAUUGGGGAUCUGUACAUGUGGGACUCUGUGCUGUCCCAAGAAGAUAUCCAGCUUGUGUAUGAGGGUAUCUACAUCAAACCCAAUGUCCUCGACUGGCAGGCAUUGAACUAUAAGAUGCAGGGUUAUGUGGUCACCAAGCCCCAUACGUGGAGUUAAAGUUCUGCUUCAAGAGGAUGAAGUUACUGGAAAAGAAGCCACCAAUAAGAAAGACCAGCUGUGGAGACAAUUACACUUUGUGUCUUAUGGCUAAAGCUCUGUUUUCUUUCAAUUUCCUAUCUGUUGAACUGCUUAAUUUACAAUAAAAGCACAAUGCCUCCUAGUA